AUGGCGAUCGAUAAACUCGUCACGGAUUCAAGGCUAUGCGCUGUCCUGCAGAUUUCCGAUCAGGCACGCGAUCAAGCAAGCGCCCUACUCAACCUCGGCGAGCAAUCAUACAGCGGAGGUCCUGCGUCGCCCGAGGCGCAAGCUGAAAUCGCCAAGCAGCAAAAACUGCUCUUCACCACCGCGGCUCAUCUGAAGGGCUUGCACCGCAAUGUCUGUUUCUCCGCGCGCGAGACCAAGGCCGAGACUGCCGAGUCGCGUCAAGAAGUCGACCGUCUGCACCUUCAGCUUCAGAACCUAUACUACGAGCAACGACAUCUUCAAGGGGAGAUCACUGCAUGUGAAUCCUACGACCACAAGUAUCAACAACUACCUCUCAUCCCAGUGGAGGAGUUCCUCGCACAACACCCCGAACACCAGGAUGACGACGAGAAUACCUUGAUGGUGGCGCGCAUCGAUCACGAGCGAGCUGAGCGUGAAGCUCUUGAGCAACAGAGGCAGGAGCUACUUAAGAGAAAACAAAAGCUUAUCGCGGAUAACAAAAGGCGGAAAGAUGAUCUGGCCAGUUUGGAUAACGAUCUCGAGAAGUUUAUUGAUGCUGCCAAACCAAUCCAGAAGCUGUUCGAAAAGGCACCUUGA